AUGGAAGGAUAUGCGUUUACAAAUCCACAAGGAGGGCCUUCCGAGCGUACCUUCACGACCCCCAUUUCUCGUAAUAGCCUCGAGCAACCACUGUCAACUACCUCAACGUCCGAGUUCUCUAUUUGCGGAGCUUCCUCCGGUGCAAUGGACGAGAUCUCCUAUCCUGCUACUAUCCAAAUACUCCCGAAUGAACUUCUCUCAAAUAUAUUUGGUUUUCUCGAUGGACCGCCGCCUUCUGCUUUAGCGCUCUAUGACGAACCCACGUUCGAAUUAACGCAUGCCGAAGUGGCGGACUUGAAGGCUGUAUCACUUGUGUCGCAACGAUGGAGACAUGCUAUUCUACCGAUACUGUUCAGACAUACACGCUUCAUCGUUCCUGAGCCCAAAAUACACAGGCCAGCUCUCAGUCAGGCCAUCCAGCCAUUCCUUCAUUUUGCUAGCAAGAACUCACUACAUAAGGUCAUCACAAGCUUCACAUUGCUAGUCCAUGAUAAAAAAGUAAAAGAUAACCCGGAUGGUUUAUACAGAUUGGAUGGCUUUGCAGCUUUCUGGGAAGCGCUUUUCGGCACUAUCGACCCUGCUGAAUUGCUAAUUGUCGCCCCUGCAGAGGCUCUUGGGGCCCUUACUUCUUGCCAUAUUGAUAUGGAAGAUAGCUGGACUUUCGAUUGUCCAUGCCAUUACCUUCGAUUGCAAAGGCCUCCACUUCUCAGGGAUUCUAUCGAGCCCGAAGCAGCUUCUUCUUUCGCAUCUGGAUCUUCCGCAGUUUUCCAAAUUCGGCCAUGGUCGUCUCUGUUAUUGAAUGAAGGUUCCUUCAUCAAGGCAUACUCUACGUAUGAGUUCUGGUUGAGACGACCACCUUCUAUCUUGCCAGAUCUCGUUGGGGCAGAUGACAUGGAAGGAAAUACCUACGGAGCCUAUAUCAGUCCAACCAUCCGAGAUAUGUCAUAUAUCGGCAUAUUUCCCAUGGCGUCUCAUUUUGCUACACUAACAGGACACUGUCCAAGGCUAGAUCGUUUAUAUGUGCAGCUAGUGCCUCGAAAUGGUAUCCUUGACAACCGAGAAAAGAUGGCUCAAGUCGAGGCAGAGGAUCUUUGGAUGGAGAGAAAUAGUUGCUAUGCUAUACUGAUAAGAGAAUUGUUCAGCACCCCGCCACAGUUGAACUACAGGUACCUCAAAAUUUUCGAAUCCGGCGAUGCCGCCGAUAAGGAUGCUUGGGACAUGGCAGUCGCGUACAUCAAGCGCUCACGCAAUGGAUGGCAAGCUGUUGAGGAUGGGGUAUUUGUAAAAGAUCCAGAGGAUGUUGUUCCUGAGCCCGCUGAGGGCGAAGCGGAUCAAUCAACAUUGUCAGUCUGCUAA